AAGAAAAAGAUAAUGGGAAUUAUAAAUAAAAUAAAUUUGCAAACAGUUAAAUAAAUAGUGUUGUACAACACAUAAAAAUUCCAAUUAAGAAUACAGCGCUGUAAACUUUUUUUAGUGUUGUUAAAAUGUAUACAAAAAAAUUUUGUUUUCAUUUUGUUUUGUUCUAAAUAAAAAUAAAAAAUAAAGAAAAUAGACAUUAAUAAAAGAAAAGGAAGAAGGAGAAAUAUACAGAACUUUCAUUAGUUAUAUUAUUUGUUGAACAUUGAUUUUAAAUCAAAUUUAAUAAAGUUUUUAAAACUAUUUCCAAAAUUAAAGAACAAAAUGAGUGUAGCAGACAUUGAUAACGCAAAUUCUAUAACUAUGGCUGAUGCCAUCAACAACGAUACUACAUCGUCCACAUCACAGGCAGCCGCUGCAGCAGGAGCUGGUGGAGGUGCCAGUAAUACAGUAGUUGCCAGCACAAAUUAUACACCAGCCACAUCAAAACGUCAACUGUCCCGAUUUCAUCCCUAUCAUGGUGCUAAUAUUAUAUUGUGCGAUGACAAUACAGUGGCCUAUCGCAAGGCCAGCUUUGCCGAUGCAGUUACAUUUUCAGAGAAACCUUUGCAAAUGGGUGAGAUUUUUCUGGUGGAAAUUGAGAAAAACGAACGUGGCUGGUCGGGUCAUAUGCGUUUGGGUCUGACGCAAUUAGUGCCAGAUGUUUUGGGUACUAUGGAAGAUGGUUUGCCACAAUUUGCUCUGCCUGAUUUGGCCAAUCUGGGUACUUGCUGGAUUUAUCCUAUAUCUAAGUUUGAAUCGCACGCUUUGGCACCACGUUCAAAUGCCGGCGAUUUUGGAGGCGGUGGAGGGGCCAGUAGCAGUAGUGAUGCUGCUAAUGCCUCAACAAGUGACGGGCAAGCCAGUUCAAGUUCAGCUGUAACCAAUAAAGGCACUAUUUUAGGUGAUUCCAUGUAUGUACGUACCCCAAGAGGCAUGAUACCAAAACGUUUACUAAGGCCCGCUGUGGCCGAUAUAAGCGGCAGUGGUGAUUGCAAUCCUGGCAUUUUGUUAACAGACAAAGGUUCACGUAUUGGAGUUGUAUUUGUGCCCACCGAAUAUGAUGAAACAAAAGGUGAAAUGCAUUUUAUAAUCAAUGGGGUCGAUCAAGGACCAUGCACUAAAGAUAUACCGCUCGAUAAAGCACCCCUACAUGUAGUCAUAGAUGUGUAUGGUACCACAAAACAAAUAAGAAUAAUACAGUUAUAUGGCAUUGUUUCCCUACAAAAUGCUUGCCGUGAUGCUAUAUUACUAAAUAUAAAGCCCCAAAAUAUUGAUAAACUACCAUUGCCAGAACGUUUAAAGAAUUUCCUAAGAGGUCAGGAUUGAAAGUAAUCAAAAAGAGAAAAAAAAACAAAGUUAAUAAAUAAUUGUUAAGUAUAAUUCUAUGAAAUAUUAAUA